GUGCCCACCCUCCCUCCCCCAGCAUGCUCCGGCUCCAGAAGAGGCUGGCCUCCAGCGUGCUGCGCUGUGGCAAGAAGAAGGUGUGGCUGGAUCCCAAUGAGACCAACGAGAUCGCCAACGCCAACUCCCGGCAGCAGAUCCGGAAGCUGAUCAAGGAUGGGCUGAUCAUCCGCAAGCCCGUGACCGUGCACUCGCGGGCUCGCUGCAGGAAGAACACGCUGGCCCGGCGCAAGGGCCGGCACAUGGGCAUCGGUGAGUGCUGCAUCCCCUGGAGUGGGGGAGAUCCCAGCCCCACAGCUCCUGGGGAGCCGUCCCUGAGCUUGGGACAGUACCACAGCCUGUACCUGAAGGUCAAGGGUAACGUGUUCAAGAACAAGCGGAUCCUCAUGGAGCACAUCCACAAGCUGAAGGCUGACAAAGCCCGCAAGAAGCUCCUGGC